GCCUGGAAUAUCUCGGGAUGUGCUGUCGGUGUCCAUGGAAUCAAAAUACCAAUGUCAACAGUGUAAAGAGAUCCUGCGGAAACCGUACCAAGCACAGUGUGGACAUCGCUUCUGCGUUUUCUGUUUCAAACAACUCACCAGGUACCCAGGAUUGCUGCCUCAUGCUCUGCAUUAAUUUCCAGCCUCUCCACGGAAAUUUCCCCAUCCGCUUAAAUUCUACCACUGUUGCUACUCCUUCGCUGUAGCUAGAUGGAAUAAAAAUCAUCAUUUUGUUUGAGGUUGAUACACUCAUUUGCCUUCUAACCAAAAGGCUGCGCCUUACACGUGGAUAUUCCAUCUUCACUUACCUCUGUGGAUAUGUUCUAGGAUGUUUUCAGUCUUGGCACAGGGCCGACACCCUGUGAAGCCUGCCGUGCCGAGGGUAUUUUUGAGGAGUCGACUUCUAUGCUUGAUAUAACAGUGGCAUUUCCUGACAACGCAGCACGAAGAGAAAUUGAUAGCUUGCCCGCAAAAUGUCCGAAUGAAGGGUGCAGUUGGAAUGGACUGCUGAAAGACUAUGAGGGUCAGCAUGAAGGUCGCUGUGAGUUUGAGCGUGUUAAAUGUGAAGCAUGUCAAGCACUCAUCAUGCUCAGCGAGAAAGACCGUCACAAUGAACGCGAAUGUGAGGCCAGAACGCUCAACUGCAAAUAUUGCAAAGUCACAUUCAACUUCAAAGAAAUUAAGGCACAUGAUGAAAUUUGUCAGAAGUUUCCUAUGCAGUGUAAAGAUUGUGGCAAAAAGAAAAUUCCAAGAGAAAAGUUUCAAGAGCAUGUCAAGUCCUGUCCAAAGUCCAAGUCAGCGUGUCAGUUCAGUGAGAUCGGAUGCAGAGCAGUGUUGGACAAUGGUAAGCAGCAGGAACAUGAGCAGAUGAGCGUCAUGGAGCACCUGCGUCUCAUGUUGGGGGUUUUGUCCUCUGUGCGGCUACGUCCCGAAACAGGCGGAGAAUGGCAAGAAGACUCUGGGCUGGGAUUAUAUCGUGGACCCGAAGACGCGCCCCUGGUGGGAGCUCACGCCGCACCACAUAAUGUGGGACGAGGAGGCAGUCCGAGCGUGCAGCACAAAGUCACCGCACUGGAGAACAUAGUAUGCGUUCUGAAUCGAGAGGUGGAGCGAUCUGCGCUCACACUGGAGGCGCUGUCACGGCAACAUCGAAUAGAUCAGGACAAGAUCGAGAACUUGUCGACUAAGGUUAGACAGCUGGAGCGUACUUUAACUAUGCGAGAUCUGCAGUUAGCAGAAUCCGAGCAGUCUCUGCGGGAGAUGCAGUUCUGCACUUACGAUGGAGUUUUCAUAUGGAAAAUAUCAGAUUUCUCUCGCCGCAGACAAGACGCUGUGGGGGGCCGAGCACCUGCUAUGUUCUCACCAGCCUUCUACUCCAGUAAAUAUGGCUAUAAGAUGUGUCUGAGACUCUAUCUGAAUGGCGAUGGCACUGGCAGAGGCACUCAUCUCUCUCUCUUCUUUGUGGUCAUGAGAGGCAAAUAUGACGCCCUGCUGAAGUGGCCCUUCAGCCAGAAGGUGACAUUAAUGCUUUUGGACCAGAACAACAGAGAGCACAUCAUUGAUGCUUUCAGACCUGACGUGAGUUCAACAUCCUUCCAGAGGCCCAUUAGUGAGAUGAACAUAGCCAGCGGAUGCCCUCUUUUCUGCCCCCUCGCCAAGCUAGCGGGCAAAAGCUCUUACCUGAGAGAUGAUACCAUAUUCAUCAAAGCCAUAGUUGAUCUCACAGGCUUGUAAAGAAUUGUAAUAAUAACUAAGAAUAAGGGCAAUGACAAUAUCUAAUAAUGGCAUAGCUGCGGAAGCUAUAUAUUUAUAUAUAAUAACAUUUAUGCAUUUGGCGGACGCUUUUAUCCAAAGCGAAUUACAUUGCAUUAUUCUAUACAUUUAUACAUCGGUAUGUGCAAUCCCCUUGGAACGAACCCACAACCUUGCAUUGUUAACGCAAUGCUCUUACUACUGAGCUACAAGAAAGUAACAAUAUAUAAUUAUAUUAUAAAAAUAGGGAUUGUUAUAUUGUGGAUGUGUUCCAUGACCAUAACUAUAGAAUUGUACUAGUAUUUUAUAGAACUAAAGUAUAAAUGCAUCUAUAGAUGUAUUUACUAAUAUAAAAUAUAAGCUGCUAAACUAUAACAAAAACACUUGGCAGUGUUUAUUAAAUACUUCAAUGUUAAAAUGAUUAGUUUUGUUAUUCUAAGUUUAGUUUUUCAUUUUAGGUAUACAUGCGUCCUUGGCUUAUCUUUCCACGGUAUUUAGAAACUAGCUAAAUAACCGGACAUCACUUUAUGCUUAUGGUUUAGCAAGUGCUAUAUUUAGUUCAUAGGAAUAAAUGAUUUGGUUGCCUUUAUAGAACAUUAUUUAACAUAUAAACAGUGCAUUCAUAUUUGAUAAACGUACACCAGUAGUAAUAUUAGUGUACCCAGCUGGUCACGUCUACACAUCCUGAUUUACAGCGAUUUCAUUCUCUGCAUGACCCAUUUUAGUUGUUAACAUCAUCUGAUCUUGGGCUUGACUACUUUUUAUUUGGGCUUGAGCAUUAAACAGCUACAAAUAUUGAGAUGUAGCUGUUAAAUCUAUUUCAAACCCAUCUAAAAGGCACCAACCUAAGGUAACAUGGGGUGUACGCUGUUUUUUCAGAAAGUCGGCCAUCAUACAACGGUUUGUUAUUCACAUAAUGUUUUGCAUGUGCUUUUAUAAUAAUGCUUACUCAUGGCCAUAUGGCAAUGUUUUUGCUGUGGAGCUUACGUGGAUGAUAUGCCUUGGUUUGCCUAAACAACAUGCAUCGAAUCGAAGCAUUUGAUCAUUUAUUAUCAACCUGUAACUAUAUUUAAUUAUUUCCCUUUCUUUUCUUCACGUAAAGCUGCUUUUAAAAUCUUUAUUUAUACAUGCAUCAAUGUAUAUGAGUUUUGAAAGUUAUUAAAGUUAUGAUGAAGCAAAAUAAAAAAGGAACUAGGGACGCAAGUUACACUUACAGCUUGAAAAUAAAUGUCAAAAUAUGUGUUUGAUUCGCGCUCUGCAUGUUGUUUAGUAGUAUCAUCCAGGUAAGCUACACGCCAAAAAAAUAUGGCCAUGAGUGUUUUUAUAACAGCACAUGCAAAACAAUAAGCAUUUUAGCCUAUUAUGUAAAUAACAUAAACAGUAGCACAUCUUAACGGGGCAUAUGACCAUUGGGCUGUAUUACAUAAAAUAAAAAAAUUAUCAAAAAAGAGCAGAAGAACAGACAACGACACUCCAUUCCAUUGGCUCGUUUGUAGGUCAAAAUGCCUCGCCCACCACUGAAGGAACUGUGAAUAUUCACACUAACCCCGCCCAAUGGAACAGUAUUUAACUGAAGAUAAUACAACAACAGCUCACCGCUAAUAAUGUAACCACCACUGACUUAUUCUAAUACCACGAAUAACUCUUAGUCGAUUUUGUUUGGAUGAAAUUCAGCUGACAACUCAUGUUUUGUUGAUGCCUGUUUUAUAUCAUCGCAACAAAAAACAAGUUUGCUUGGGUUAAGUUUAUGUUUAACUGUAUUUUUUUUAAACUAUGUUGAUGUUUUAUUGAUUUUUAUGGCUUUGCUGGGUAUUUGUGAUGUCCGUUGUCCCCCCUGUAAUUGUGUUUUAUACCUUGAAUAAUAAUUAAAAAAAGGUUUGCUCAGGUGCGCGCAGCAAACAUGACGUCGUUGCGGUGUUGUGCGGCAACGCAUCCAAAAAACGAUCGAGGGGAUGACGAGUCUAGCCAAGCAGGCACUUCUGUUAAUGAGAAAAGCAGACUCUUGACUUUAUCAAAUACAUUUUAAAUAACAUAUGUGAAGUUUAAUAUACGAAGCACUUAUUAUGAAAGGUAACUAUGCUUUUACUAUACUGAAAGUGUAUUAACCAUGUUUUUGGGGGUCUGUUCUGUUUCUAUUACCAUAGUUUUGAAAUAUAUAACUAAUGUUCCUGUAGUGAGACAAUAGUAAACUUGCGGUCGCUAUAAUUUAUACUGUAAAUACAAAAGUAAACCCAUCGUCAAUUUCACUGGACAAGUAAACCACUUCUUCUCCAUAGUCUAUUACUCCGAGUCCCCCUUUAAUACAGUAGGUAUUAUUAAAACAUCACAAUUAUUAAAUUAAUAUAAACCUACCUUUAGUAACAAAGACAAUUUUUUUAAUUGUUGACGCUGCAACCAGACUGACUACAAUUUUGGAAAUGUUGUCAUUGCAAAAAAACUCACACAAAGUAGAUGCCACUGAGGGACUUGCUCAGUUGUGUCAGGGAUAAAGCUUUUAAAAAGACCCUUCCAGAUCAUGUGUUUGUGUCACCAUGGGUUCUUACAAUUUUGGUGAUAAUUUUUUUGUUUCAUUUACUAUAUAGCUUGUAUACGUGGUAGCGCUUUAAGACCUCAUUGGUAAAUGCAUUAGCUUACAUGAAACAACAAUGAACAGUAUGGUUUACUGCAUUUAUUGAUCUUUGAUGUUAGUUAAUACAUUGAUUGUUCAUGCAUACAUUUCAUUAUUCUGUGUUUUAGACGUAUUUCUCAUUGUUAGUUCAUGUUCACUAAUGUUGAUAAACGGAACCCUAUUGUUAACCAUCAUCAUGAAAAUUUAGCUGUCAAUUCCUGGCUUUAGAUUACAUUAUUAUGUAUGCAUGUUGCCAUGUCCAUGUGAAAAGCACAUAUAUCUUGAAUCAAGUGUCUAUAUUAAGGCUUAUAUUUUAUAUGAAGCAAUGCUUUUUGAUUCAAUUGUAUUUAGAUAUUCAUUUACAUUUAUGCUUUAGGCACAUGCUUUUAAUUAAUUAGAUAUAUAUAUAUAUAUAUAUAAUACAUUUUAUACGUUUUUGUGCUACCUGGGAUUAUAACCCAUACAUAACCUUUUUCCCCACCAACCUAAUGCUGUACCGCUGAAGCUUUACAUGAACACAAUAUGGAAUGGUUAUUAAAUAAAGUGAAGGAAGAGAUGUUGAUGGUAUGUUAACCUUGGUGAUAAAGCCAGAGGCAAUAGCUUAUCAUUAAUAUAGGGUUAUUAUGUAUUCUUUGCAUUUGAAUGUGUUGACUGUAGUCGUAAUGAUAUAAAUAAUGUGUUCAAAAUGAUUUUAGGAGGAUCUUUGCUCCUGGGUAAGAACUUUGCCAGAUGAUAAUAAACUUUCUUGGGAAAGACAGAAA